UGAUAAUCAAGAAAAUGUUCCUAGAUGGUUUAAUGAACAUCAAGAAAAUGUUCUUAGAUGGUUAAAUGAACAUCAAGAAAAUGUUCUUAGAUGGUUAAAUGAACAUCAAAUAAAUCAUUUAAAUGUAAGUGGACCACGGGAGAGCAACGCGGACGGAAUUUAUAAUAAAGCAUAUGAUUUUAUAUUUGGAUUAUUAGUGCUAUUAUCCGAAAAGUUUAGUUUGAAACGGAAUUACGAGUAUGGAAGAUGUGAAUUUUGUAAUCGUUACAACACUUCAGAAGUAUGGUGUCAAACAUGUGAUACUCAAAAAUUAGCUCAGAU